AGGAAAUUUGCUCCAUCUCCAGCAGCAACCACUGCUCCUUUUGAUGUUGUGGUACGCCGUGCGCAUGCGCUUCACAUUAGAAUUACUGCACUGGCCAGAAUAAGUUGGAUCUCUUCUUCUCUUCACUGAAACCCUAAAUCAUAUCAAAAGCUAAAGGGAUGCUGAGAGUCCGGAGAAAGGGUUACUUUGGGAUUUGGUCAUUCCCGUUAAUAAUAGCCGCGGUGUGUGCACAGAGUGUCAAUGACCCUAGUAAUAUGUCACUGGUAAAAGAGACGGUGGAUAGACUGCUGAAGGGCUAUGAUAUUCGCUUGAGGCCAGAUUUUGGAGGUCCCCCAGUGGCUGUGGGCAUGAACAUAGACAUUGCCAGUAUAGAUAUGGUCUCGGAAGUCAAUAUGGACUAUACCUUGACAAUGUACUUUCAGCAAGCGUGGAGGGAUAAGAGGCUGUCCUACAAUGUGAUCCCUCUGAACCUGACUCUGGACAACAGAGUAGCUGACCAGCUGUGGGUGCCAGACACCUAUUUCCUGAAUGACAAGAAGUCCUUUGUCCAUGGGGUCACUGUGAAGAACAGAAUGAUUCGUUUGCAUCCAGAUGGAACAGUCCUUUAUGGACUCAGAAUCACCACGACAGCUGCCUGCAUGAUGGACCUGCGCAGAUACCCCCUGGAUGAGCAGAACUGCACGCUGGAGAUUGAGAGCUAUGGCUACACCACAGAUGACAUUGAGUUUUACUGGCGUGGGGGUGAUAAUGCUGUCACAGGAGUGACCAAGAUCGAGCUGCCCCAGUUCUCCAUUGUAGACUACAAACUUAUCACCAAGAAUGUUGUUUUCUCUACAGGUGCCUACCCAAGGCUGUCUCUCAGCUUUAAACUUAAGAGAAACAUUGGCUACUUCAUUCUGCAGACCUACAUGCCUUCUAUUCUGAUCACUAUCCUAUCCUGGGUUUCCUUCUGGAUUAAUUAUGAUGCUUCAGCUGCAAGAGUUGCUUUAGGAAUCACAACCGUGCUCACAAUGACAACCAUUAACACCCAUCUCCGAGAGACUCUUCCCAAAAUUCCCUAUGUGAAAGCCAUCGACAUGUACCUCAUGGGCUGUUUUGUGUUUGUGUUCAUGGCCCUGCUGGAGUAUGCCCUGGUGAACUACAUCUUCUUUGGCAGAGGCCCCCAGAGGCAGAAGAAGGCGGCGGAAAAAGCCGCCAGUGCCAACAACGAGAAGCUGCGGAUGGACGUCAACAAGGACAGAAGAAUAAUUGGCACAUAUCAUUGUCCAGAAAUGUAUUCAACAAAGAUGGACCCCCACGAGAACAUUUUGUUGAGCACCCUGGAGAUCAAGAACGAGAUGGCAGCCUCGGAGGCCGUGAUGGGGCUGGGAGACCCCCGCAGCACCAUGCUGGCCUACGACACCUCCAGCAUCCAGUACCGCAAGGCCGGGCUGCCCCGGCACAGCUUCGGCCGCAACGCGCUCGAGAGACACGUGGCCCAGAAGAAGAGCCGGCUACGGAGAAGGGCCUCGCAGCUCAAAAUCACCAUCCCGGACUUGACUGACGUCAACGCCAUCGAUCGGUGGUCCCGCAUCUUCUUCCCCGUGGUUUUUUCCUUCUUCAAUAUUGUCUAUUGGCUUUACUAUGUGAACUAAGAGACAAAGCCACGCAGGAAGCAAGAACUGGAUUUCUCUUCAAACCGGUUGUACAGCCAAAAGUGGGACUUAGAAAAAUUCUAUUCAGGACAAAAAGUUACUUUAAAACACCUUAGUUGCUGGCCCACUCUAUGGUCUGUUUUUAUAAUGUUUUGGUUGUCUCUGCUAAACCACAUAUAUGUUAAGUUGCAGUAUGGACAUAUCCCCCUAUCAAAAUAUAAGUGCAUUUGGAGUGUGAAGGCAAAUUGGAUUUUGAAAAUAGUUUCUGUCUCGUCCUUCACUUCCUUUUUAUUUUUUUGGUCCUUUUUUUUGAUGGUCAUUUGAUUUUAGUGCUACAAAUUAUAGAGCAGCAUUUGAGAAACAAGUUUGAAUUUCAACAGCAGUACAUGCCAUUCCCAGGGAAACUGCAUAUCUGAGGCAUGCACCGACACUGCAAAGGGUGUACUGAGUUGUUGUCAUGCUUAGCAAGCAUACACUUUACUUUUCAAAUGUGUAAACUUGAAAACAAAUAGUGCCUAUCAUCUUUCCAAGAUGAUGAUGGUCAGAGGUUUCCCAACCAUAUUCAGGUAUUUCCUUUUAUUUAUUGAAAGAAUUAAACCUUUGACUGAUAAUUUUAGGGUUGGGUGUUUGCACAGAAGCUGAAGCAAGAAGCACUAGUUUUGUUUGUCUUUAAAGGGAGAACAAAUGCUCACAGCCACAGUGGCCACAGUUGGGAUCAGUACAGGAAUGUAGCAACGGGGUAAAAAUGCAUCAGUGAUGAAGGGGUAAAUAUUCUGCUGGGCUGGGUUGGGGAAAGGGAAUCAUCUGUCCAAAGUGCCAAAAUUGGUUACCCAAAUAGUAAUUCUGUAGAUGGCUGAAGGAAAGCAGGGAUGCCCUGCUUUCCUCUAGGGCAGGGAGAGCUGGGGAGCAAUCACAGAGUCCAGGGGCAAGGAGAGGAAAGGCUGCACUAUGGAGAAGUGUGUGUGUGUGUACACAUAUAUAUCUGUACACAUGAAUAUCUGUACACAUAAAUAUCUGUACACUGUGCAAAUUGUCAGUUGUACCUCAGUCUCAAACAGUCGUGUGGAGCUGUGUGAUUUCUUCCAGGUUUGCCUCUUUCCACAUUAUUCCUGCUGCUCUUGGAUAAUGGUGGUACAGUUCUUCCAGCAGUGGAGAUCCCAGCAGAUGUAUUUCCAUACAGGGUAUUUUCUCAGUCUGGAUUAGGCAAUACCAUUUCACUUUUGGUUUUCCUUAAUGCACUGUUUUAAGGGAAAGAAAUUGGUAGCAAUGACUUUAAGAGUUUAAUUCACUCUUGAGUGUUUCCUGUUUAGGGUGAUUUCUAUUGAAAAACUGGCAAAUUUCAGUUUUUCUUUAGGAAACCUUUUGAAAUGAAAGGUUGGGGUUUUUUCAUUCCAUAGAGCUUUACUUUUACAGAGAAAAUAGAAUAAACAAAAAAUAAUGUAGACAAAAAUAAUUUUGUCAUUUAUUCCACUGUGGGAAUUUUCUGUAAUGAAAAAAGCAAUCACAAGAACUGUAGAAAAAGUAUAAAUUCUUGAUGGCUUUUACUAAAUCAGAUCCCCCGAUAUUGUUCAACAUACAAUGUUUCAAGAAGCAAAAGCCACAUCUUUUGCAUCCAUACUACCUCUUAUCUGUGUACAAAUCUUUGAAAGAAAUUAGAUAGUGAAGGGUUUUUUCAGGAGAGAAAUAUAUCUUGAGAAUAUUUUUCAUAAAAUAUUUUCUUUUAAUUUUUUGUUCUUUAAAAGAAUAAUUUUCUUACAAGUUUCUGUGGAUUUUUUUCCCUGAUUGUCAGUGAAUGACAGUGAUAGGAGGAGAAUAGUUCUGGGAACUAAUAGGCCAAUUUUCUGACUUUGUUUUGAGCAUCUCAUGUGCUUAUUUCUGCUUCCCAUGGGAGGGGCUGGUUUCUGAGCCUGAGCUGGGAUUUGCCAUCCCCCCUCCGUGGCAGGAGGUUGGGUGGGUGUUCAGGUGCUGCCUCCAGGUUCAGAUCUGCACUAGGGACAGACUUUCACCCUGGGGUUCACUCUCCAGGUCAGAGGUUCCCAGUUUGUUCCCACGCUCAGUCUCUGCUGCAUUUCAUGCUCGAUGCAAUAACCUUUGUAGAUGCACUUGGGAUUUCUGCUGGGAGCUGGGAUUCACUCUGGAAUCUUUUCCCAGUUCUAAGAAAUGGAGCCCCAGCAAAAUUCAGUAUUUCUCUUGGAGGUCUGUUCUUUAAAAAUGGUCCUAAUUACCCUAAGUAAAAGCAGUGUCAUAGUAUCCUGCAAAGGCUUUUCUUUUGCUCCCGAAAUCUCUGCUGCCUCCUGUUUUCCUGCCCAGAGCAGAGUGGGACUGCAGGGAGCUCCCACCUGCCUGGGUUGGGACCAGCAAACCCAAGAGCUUACAGGGAAUUGCUGACUCUGCACUGGUUCCCUGCUCCAGCUGUUCCCAAACCCACAGAGAUGGACCCUGGACCUGCACAUCUCUCACUGAAGCUCCAGAACAAGCCAUAACACUCUCUGAUGCUGCUGCUCAGAGAGGGAAAGAAAUGUUUGGUUUCUGCUCAGGUGUCUCUAGGAAAGACAAAUUAUCUGGGGGGAAGGAGCACUUCUGCUUUUCCUAUGUCCUUCUGGCUAUUAAUGUGAUGUAUAAAAGUAGUGAAAGAGAAGGAUUCUAUCAUUUUCUACCAAGGCUUAACACUGUGAUCUAAAGGGGUGGGGGUGAGGAAGGCUGGUGAGGCACUGCCAAGGAGAAGGAACUUGAGCCCAAGGUGAGCCCUCACUGCUCUCCUGAGGUGCUCGAGUGAAAGGGAGGAAUUCUGCCAACAUACAUGAGAUAUGGGGUUUGCUACGUGUGCUCCCCUCCAGGUAAACUAGAAUAAAUUCACUUUUACUUUAGAAUUGACCGAAAAUUAAUGUUCUAGAUCUUUUUAAUCGUGUUGAUUGUUGUUAGUUUCAAUAAACAAAAUAUCAAAGUGAAUAAUUUAGAUAAAACUUGUAAUAUAAUUAUAGUUGCACAUUUUAUUGUUCUAUUAGACAUAAUAGCCAGCAAUUAAGGUGUUUUUCAUCUUUGUGAAAUUCAUGGAUGAAUUAUGACUAUAACAUGGCACAGUUUUAAUGAAAUAUUUGAGAUCAAUCUGUAAAUAUAUUCUGUACAUGACUGCUAGUAAGUGAUACACAUUUUCAGAACUGACAAUUCAUGCAACAUGUUUCUGUGUUUGCAUAAGGAAUGUUACGUUUCUAUCCUAUCGCAGUUCAAUGACUGGGAAGAAAGACUCAAGCAAUGACAUCCUGACCAUUUCUUUUCUCAUUCCCAGGGGAGGAAAAGUGUUAGAUCACAGCAUGGCACAGAGUUCUUCAGAGAGUUCUGACAUCCUGACAAAAAGGACAUAAAAUCUGUAAGGUACAAAAGCACAAUGCAUAGAGAAGAUGAGUGGUGGUCUCACACCUGGGGAAAAGAUCCUAUUUAUUUCAGAAAAAUAUGCAUUAAAAUGAAACCUCAGUUAAUUUUCACUGUAUUUAUUAGACUGUGUUCCAAUUCUGUAACACAGUGGUAACCACAAGUGAAGGGAUGUGAAACAUUCUCCAGCUGUAUGUGCAUAUGGACACAGCCCUGCCUGUCUGUAUGGACAUGUGUGUGUGUAUACCCAGGGCAGUGUGGAUGUGCACACCCUUUCAUCUCUUGGUGUGUUAAAGGAAUAAGCCAGUACUAGUUUUGUUUCUACCAUCAACCAGUGUGUGAAUAUAUUUUUGACAAAAGGAGAUUAAUGUAUUUCAGCAAACCAAACAACUUCCUCUACAGGGUAACUGGGCAUUCCUGGGUGAGCAGCUCAAGGCUGGGUCUGUCUGGAGUGUUGGUGACAGUCCUGUACCUCCUGCAGCUGGAACCACACCAGUCCUACAUUGCUUGCCUAUUUCUUCUCUCUUUUUAUAACAGCAUUGUCCACUAGUAAGUUUUCAAAACCAACCAAUUCCUUAGGGAACCAACAAAAAAAAGGCAAAAAUAGUAACUAUUUCUAGAAAAUAAUCUAGGGUGGGCUGGCCAGGGUACAA